UCUUUUAUCUGAUAUUGAAUUAUUGAUAUUACCUAGCAAGCUCACUGUCCCUGUCUGAUCUUGUGCCCAUUCUGUGUGGUUCCGAUCGCCUUCAUGGCUACUCAAGGUCAAGUCAUUACCUGCAAAGCUGCGGUGGCCUGGGAACCCAAGAAGCCAUUGACUAUUGAAGAUGUUCAGGUGGCCCCACCGCAGGCUGGCGAGGUUCGAAUCAAGAUUCUUUACACUGCUCUCUGUCACACUGAUGCUUACACUUGGAGCGGCCAGGAUCCAGAAGGUCUCUUCCCGUGUAUUCUUGGUCAUGAAGCUGCCGGGAUUGUGGAAAGUGUUGGAGAAGGUGUUACUGAAGUUCAACCUGGAGAUCAUGUCAUACCCUGUUACCAGGCUGAAUGUAAAGAAUGCAAGUUUUGCAAAUCUGGCAAAACAAACCUUUGUGGCAAAGUCCGUUCUGCCACUGGAGCUGGGGUCAUGCUGAGCGACCGCAAGAGUCGUUUCUCUAUUAAUGGAAAGCCCAUCUAUCAUUUUAUGGGAACCUCAACUUUUAGUCAAUACACUGUUGUUCAUGAUGUUAGUGUGGCCAAGAUCGAUCCAAAAGCCCCUCUAGAGAAGGUUUGUCUUCUUGGAUGUGGUGUCCCAACUGGUCUUGGAGCUGUCUGGAACACUGCAAAGGUUGAGCCAGGUUCAAUUGUAGCUAUUUUUGGCCUUGGCACUGUUGGGCUUGCUGUUGCAGAGGGUGCAAAAACUGCUGGUGCAUCACGGAUUAUUGGCAUAGACAUUGACAGCAAAAAGUUUGAUAUAGCAAAGAACUUUGGCGUAACUGAAUUUUUAAAUCCAAAAGAUCACGAGAAACCAAUACAGCAGGUCAUAGUUGAUCACACAGAUGGUGGAGUUGAUUACAGUUUUGAGUGCAUUGGAAAUGUCGCAGUGAUGAGGUCUGCUUUGGAAUGCUGUCAUAAGGGCUGGGGGACAUCAGUUAUUGUGGGUGUUGCAGGAUCAGGACAAGAAAUAUCAACUCGCCCUUUCCAGUUGGUGACUGGUCGUGUCUGGAAGGGAACUGCUUUCGGUGGCUUCAAAAGCCGGUCACAAGUUCCUAUGCUUGUAGACAAGUACAUGAAGAAGGAAAUCAAGAUCGAUGAGUACAUUACCCACAGUUUAACUCUUCCGGAGAUCAACAAAGCUUUUGAUCUCAUGCAUGAAGGUGGGUGCCUCCGAUGUGUGCUUGCGGUGCAUGUAUGAGGUGAUCUUGACGAGCCUUUCCAAGUUUCAAAUGUUAAGCUGCCUUUUCUUUCUCGCGUGAUGGUUGAAGGAAAAUAAAUAACCUUUUGUGUUGUGUCUUAUAUGUGGCCCAGAAAAGUAUUGUGUCUUGUAUCGGCAUUGUCCUAUGUUGCGUGAUAAACUAGCGGGUAUUGAGCUUCUACUGAAUCAUGCUAUGUGUGAGGAUCAUUUUGAGUUGACUGGCAUCCUGACCUGGUUCCUGUGAUUUCGUUUCCUCCAUAAUUUUUACGUGCCCAAGUUUACUUA